AUGUCAAAGAAAGAAGAUACGCCCGCGGUGGUGCCCGAGCCCGAGGUGGACGACGAUGAACCUGAUGACUGGGACAAGCGGAUCUUCAGCACCGGCUGCGCAGAGGAGCAGGAUAAGAUGAACGAUUGUUAUUUUACAAAGAAGGACUGGAGACAGUGCAAGGACGAGGGCGUGCAGCAUCCAACCGCUCCCACGCAACUUCUGGAUAUCCAUAUCCUCCAGAUGGUCGUGUUGACAAUGGACACGGACAUGGACAUGGACAUGGCCAUAGGAAGCUGA